AUGCUGUCCGAGAAAGCCGUCGUCACCGACACGCAAACCCCACGAGGGUCGCGGCAGGAGCUCUUGCAUCGCGCCGAUGAGCUCUGGGCUUGCGACACGCUCGAGAAGGCAGAGUCCUUCAUCAGGUCUCUUCCCACACCAAUCAGUCUGGCGAACUACGUUGCAGGAGAGCUAGAGCUACCGCCAUCACCCGAAACAAAGUUCAUCGAUUCAUAUGAGCCAAAGACCGGUAACCUGCUCUUCCGCAUUCCCUGCACGCAAGAGGCCGAUGUAGAGAAGGCGAUCGGCCAUGCCCGGACCGCCUUCAGAACGUGGAGCAAGACAACGCGCGCCGAGAGGUCUCGCCAUCUCCGCCGGAUAAGCGAGCUCCUCCAGGAGCAUCGAGAGCUGUUUGCCGUGUGGGAGAGCAUAGACCAGGGGAAGACGAUCGCCCGCGCAAGGGUCGAGGUCGAUCGGGCAAUCUCCAACUUUUCAUACUUUUCAACCUACAUCCUCCAUGAGCAAACAGCAGCGCGCAUGGUCGAUGGGGUGGCUCUCACAUACGAACACCGCUCACCGGCCGGUGUCUUUGCGUUGAUCUCGCCCUGGAACAUGCCACUGUACCUGCUGACGUGGAAGAUCGCGCCAUGUAUAGCGUUUGGGUGCACGGCUGUUGCAAAGCCCAGCGAGAUAACGAGCAUGACUGCGUACCUUCUGGGGAUCCUACUUCGAAAGGCCGGCCUGCCCCCAGGAGUUGUCAACAUUGUCCUUGGAGACGGGCCGACGACAGGGGCGGCGCUCGUCGCCUCACCGUCGGUCGACGGAGUCUCGUUCACGGGAGGCACCCAAACGGGAAUGGCCAUCCGCCUGAGCACCGCCCGUCAAAUACGGAAGCGCUUGUCCCUUGAGUUAGGGGGCAAGAACCCUACAUUGAUAUUUGCUGACGCAAUGGGUCCUGCCACACGAGGGCGCACCCUCCGAGUUGCUGCUAGCGCAGCGUUUGAGAAUCAGGGAGAGAUUUGCCUCUGCGGCUCCCGGAUUUACGUCGAUCGUGCGGUUUACGAACAGUUUGUCGCCGAAUUCGCGCCGUACGUGGCGGAAAAGUACGUGUUGGGGGAGACGAUGGGAGCAGUGGCCAGUUUGCAGCACUACCAGAAGAUCCGAGGGUACCUGAAGCUGGCCGCCGAUGAGCGCGCCACCUUCGUCUUGGGUAGCGUGCCGGCGGCGAUGGAGAGACAUGAUGAGGGAGGUUACUGGAUACAGCCUACGAUCCUGACCGACGUAUCGAAAGACUCGGCGCUGCAGAAGGACGAGAUAUUCGGUCCCGUGGUUACCAUCACCCCCUUUGAAGACGAGGAAGACGCGAUCAGUCUUGCAAACGACAGCCAAUACGGGCUUGCGGCGGUGCUGCUGACAAAUGAUGCGGCCCGGCUGAGGCGCGUCGGGGAGCGUUUGGAGGCGGGCAUGGUGUGGGCCAACUGCUGGCUAGUCAGGGAGCUGGGCACCCCAUUUGGCGGCAUGAAGGACAGCGGCACGGGUCGUGAGGGCGGCGAGUAUUCGCGCGAUGUGUUCACCGAGGUGCGGACACUGCAUUUGGCCGCUUGA